AUGGCCAAACAGCAGCGAGAGAAACUCACAAUCAAAAUAAACCGACGUCGAGACCUUCCCCCAGCAGAUGAUGACAAGGUCGACAAGCUUCGGGCUCUUCCGCUUUCCGCAACACCCGUGGCUUCAGAGCCAGUGCCGACAGCACAGGUCGAGAUUCUGGAUGGAACUUUGCAACACGCUGAGUCCCUUCAAGCACAAGAAUUCCACUGUAACAUGAUUGGCCACACUGACAGUGCCGAGAGCAGCUGUGAGGAGCAAGACUUCACAGCCAUGAGAAAAGGUUCUGGGACUGCAUUCAUCAACCUCAACCCGAUGUCAUUUAGAACUUUGUGCGGGCGAAAGCAGCCUGAAUGCGGCUCAAUUUCACGCUCAGAGGAUGAAUCAUUACUGCAGAAAUCAUCGAAAAAGUUUACUGCUACUCAUGCGGUUAACCAGAGAACUAAAGCUGCACAACGCGAACCCAAGCAACGAAAGAAAACGAAAGUUCAAGCAGAUCUGAGUGCAGAGGAAGACUGUUCAACAAUAGAUGCACCUGUAGACGAACCACGACUGUUCACAGUCUAUGUUCAAGUGUGGGCUACCUCUCCGGACUCUCGAAAACCAGGUGGGAAAUCUACAAAGGUCUCGGUGACCAAAAUCACCUCCAAGGGACCCUUCAAGUGUGAUACCACUUCUGCUUUUUUCUCCUUUAAGUCUCGUGUCGCAAAAGCCUUGUCUUGUCGAGUGUCAGCGCUUCCAGUCUCGAAGUUCGAAUGGAAGUUUGAGAAUCAAGCACAAGGCGCCCCACGAAAGAAAGUUGCCGAUGAAGCUGGUUAUGAGGCGCUCAUUGAUGCUGUGAAGGCGAAGCGCCGGCACGAGAAUGUGGUUGUUUGGCUUUAUACCCCAGUGCCGAAAAAAGAUGAAGAGGUAUGGCCCCCCUGGAUGAACCAUUAG